AUGAUUGGCUCGGUUCUCACUCGAUCUCUUCGAACGGGCUCGUCGAUCACUCUUCGACGUGCAACUGUCGCUUCACAUUCCAUUAAUCGUGUCUCUGCUUGGGCUCAUGAUAACAGGGGAAAUCACACUCUACCAGACCUUCCGUACUCUUACGACGCGCUGGAGCCUGCGAUCUCCGAGGAGAUCAUGAAGUUGCAUCACUCUAAACAUCAUGCCGCCUAUGUCAACGGACUCAAUGCCGCAGAAGAGAGCAUGGCAAAUGCGUUGAAAGCGAGCGAUGUCCAGAAAAUGAUUGGCUUGCAAGCUGUGAUCAAAUUCAACGGCGGUGGACAUCUCAACCAUUCGCUCUUUUGGAAGAACCUCCAGCCUGAGAAGUCGGGAGGCGGUAAGAUGGUCGAAGGUUCGUUUUCCAAGGCGGUUCAACAAGACUUUGGUGGCUUGGAUCAGUUGAAGUCAGCCAUGAACGCCUCUGCUAUGAGCAUCCAAGGCUCUGGUUGGGCUUGGCUUGGCUAUGAUACCAAAAUGAAGAAGUUGAUCAUUGCCAACACCGGUAACCAAGACCCGUUGGACCCACAAAUUCCUAUCCUUGGUAUUGACAUGUGGGAGCAUGCCUUCUACUUGCAGCACCAAAACCGAAAAGCGGACUACUUGACCAACAUCUGGAAGGUCAUGAAUUUUACCGAAGCCGAGAAGCGAUUCAAGGAGGCUUCCGGCUGUUAA